GCUGCUGGGGGUACAGCGUCAGCGACACUCUGCAGACAGCUCGCCUAUUCCCCAAGGGGACAGGAGCUGAGGAAGCAGGACUUUGGCCAGGAGGAGACCACGCCACGGACCAUCUGGCUGGAGCCAUGGCUCUGAAAAUGACCCCCGUACUACUGCUACUACUGGCUUCUGCACUGGUGCUGCUAGGAGCAUCAGCCAGCCAGGAGCAGUAUGAGCGGUUCCUCCUUCAGCACUUUGAUGCAAAGCCCAAGGGUCGUGAUGACCGCUACUGCAACAACCGUAUGCGCUACAUGAUGAAGGAGGACAGGAGGAGGGACAGCAAUCCUGGGCAAAAAGUCUGCAAGGAGACAAACACCUUCAUCCAUGGGACCAGUGACGAUAUCAAAGCCAUCUGCACUAGCCAUGGAGGCAGGAACUAUGUAACCAAAACUGGCCAGCCCAUGCGCCAGAGCCUCAGACCAUUCCAGGUCACCACCUGCACCUGGCAUGGAGGGAAACCCCUCGACAACUGCCAGUACCGGGCGACCCGGGACUCAAGGAUGAUCGUCAUUGCCUGUGACGAGCAUGACCACCCAGUGCAUUUUGCCGAGAGCCAGAUCUGACAGGGUGAUGAGGAGGCAACUCCCGAUUCCCUCGGAAUCUGCUGCUGCCUCUUCUGGUGCAGUGAUCUUGGGCUGAAAUGCCCUGAUCACAUGCUGCUGCCCCCUAGUGCCCAUUAUACAGUAUAGCCGCCCCUUCCCCGCCCCCACCUCUGCUGCCCCUAGUGCCCAUUAUACAGUAUAGCCG